CGUGCUCCUUUCAAUUGUUGCAUUUAAACCAAUAAGGUUAGGACAAGAGAAUAGCUGUGGUUUGCGUUGCAAAAACAAAAAAAGCCCGGAGGCUCCAGGGCAGCCCUACAAGGCUGCGCAAACAAAUCGAGGGAAGAGAUUCUGCUGUUUCUUUGUCUAGGCUUCUCAGAUGCUAUCUGCGGCUGCUGUUGAGUGGGGACAGAGCGCAGGGCUCAAAGCGGUUGCUAAACAGAACGGUGGGAGCUGAUGGCUCCGAGUUUGGGGCGAGGUAGAAACUCUCCAGUGCCACUUCCGACUUUAAGCCUUCCUGUUGCCGUGCACUGUGGCGGCUUGCCGGCUGGGGGAAGCGUCCUCGCUCAGUCGCUCGGCAGCCCGAGCCUGCAGCAGCGGCCAGGCGGCGGUCCCCGCGGCCGGGCUCUCCCCUCCAGAGGCGCUCCGCUUCCAGAAGCGCCGGGCUCCAGCGAGAGCUCCUAAAAGCCCUCCCGCGUCCUUAUCCAGGAGCCAAACUAUGUCAGGAAUGGAGGUUUGCUAAAGCAGAAAAUUCGAAGGAGCGCAUUAAACUGGUGGAUGCAGCAGAUGUAAGCGCUGUGCGAACAUCUCAGACCAGUUCAGAUGUUGCUGUUUCCUCAAGUUGCAGGUCUAUGGAAAUGCAGGAUCUCACCAGCCCGCAUAGCCGUCUGAGUGCUGGUGGAGAAUCCCCCAGUGGUCCCAAACUCGAUAACUCUCAUAUAAAUAGUAAUUCCAUGACUCCCAAUGGCACCGAAGUUAAAACAGAGCCAAUGAGCAGCAGUGAAAUAGUUUCAACAACAGCAGACGGGUCUUUAGACAAUUUCUCAGGUUCAGCAAUUGGGAGCAGUAGCUUCAGCCCAAGACCAACUCAUCAAUUCUCCCCACCACAGAUUUACCCUUCCAAACCAUACCCACAUAUUCUCCCUACCCCUUCCUCACAAACUAUGGCUGCAUAUGGGCAAACACAGUUUACCACAGGAAUGCAACAAGCUACAGCGUAUGCCGCAUACCCACAGCCAGGACAGCCCUACGGAAUCUCCUCCUAUGGUGCAUUGUGGGCAGGCAUCAAGACUGAAGGUGGAUUGUCACAGUCUCAGUCGCCUGGACAGACAGGAUUUCUCAGCUAUGGCACAAGCUUUGGUACCCCUCAACCUGGACAAGCACCAUACAGCUACCAGAUGCAAGGUAGCAGUUUUACAACAUCAUCAGGAUUAUAUACAGGAAAUAAUUCACUCACAAAUUCCUCUGGAUUUAACAGUUCACAGCAGGACUACCCGUCUUAUCCGAGUUUUGGCCAGGGUCAGUACGCACAGUAUUACAACAGCUCCCCGUAUCCGGCACAUUACAUGACGAGCAGCAACACCAGCCCCACGACGCCGUCCACAAAUGCCACUUACCAGCUUCAAGAACCACCAUCUGGCAUCACCAGCCAAGCAGUUACAGAUCCCGCAGCAGAGUACAGUACAAUCCACAGCCCAGCAACACCCAUUAAAGAUUCAGAUUCCGAUCGAUUGCGUCGAGGUUCAGAUGGGAAGUCACGUGGACGGGGCCGAAGAAACAAUAAUCCUUCACCUCCCCCGGAUUCUGAUCUUGAGAGAGUGUUCAUCUGGGACUUGGACGAGACAAUCAUUGUUUUCCAUUCCUUGCUUACUGGGUCCUACGCCAACAGAUAUGGGCGGGAUCCACCUACUUCAGUUUCCCUUGGACUGCGAAUGGAGGAAAUGAUUUUCAACUUGGCAGACACACAUCUAUUUUUUAAUGACUUAGAAGAAUGUGACCAAGUUCAUAUAGAUGAUGUCUCUUCAGAUGAUAAUGGGCAAGACCUAAGCACGUAUAACUUUGGAACAGAUGGCUUUCCCGCUGCAGCCACCAGUGCUAAUUUAUGCUUGGCAACCGGUGUGCGGGGCGGUGUGGACUGGAUGAGAAAGUUGGCCUUUCGCUACAGACGAGUAAAAGAGAUCUACAACACCUACAAAAAUAAUGUUGGAGGUCUGCUUGGUCCGGCCAAGAGGGAAGCCUGGCUGCAACUGAGGGCCGAGAUUGAAGCCCUGACAGACUCCUGGUUGACACUGGCCCUCAAAGCACUCACACUCAUUCACUCCCGGACGAACUGUGUGAAUAUUUUAGUAACAACUACUCAGCUCAUCCCAGCAUUGGCCAAAGUCCUGCUGUAUGGAUUAGGAAUCGUAUUUCCAAUAGAAAAUAUUUACAGCGCAACGAAAAUAGGAAAGGAAAGCUGUUUUGAGAGGAUAAUUCAAAGGUUUGGAAGAAAAGUGGUGUAUGUUGUUAUAGGAGACGGUGUGGAAGAAGAACAAGGAGCAAAAAAGCACGCCAUGCCAUUCUGGAGGAUUUCCAGUCACUCAGACCUCAUGGCCCUCCACCACGCCUUGGAACUGGAGUACCUGUAACAGCCACACAGCACUUUGAAACCGCACAACGGCCCUGUGACCAGAAACAGAUCCAGCAGGCCUGAGUCUCGUGUCAGCGCCCGACUCCCAACGUAGCGAUUUCAACGUAUUGACGCACAGCUGCUGUCGGCCUUCACCUCUGCCCUUGUGGUAAAUGAAGGACCACGUCUACUUCUUCAGAAUGGCUGUUGACUCUAGUACUGUGAAUCCAAUGCAAAUAAGCCAUGAGAAUGUUUUAGCACAGUGUGAUGUGUCUUUGCCACAUUAACUACGUGGUUCAAACCUGUGAAGAAAGGACCUGCAAACACUUAAGUUUUUAGCAUCUUCAAUGUGACAUAAGCAGCUUCUCCAAUACAACAAACUUGUUUGCACAACGAAGACUGAAAUGUGUUUCCUGAAUACUAGUGGGGGAAUUUUCUUGUAAAGAAGGUUUACUUUUUGGUGUCUCAUACCCAGGGUAAUCUGUACAUCUCUACUUAUUUAUGAACAGACUUUUUUAAAAAACAGCUUUAUGGAGGUAUAAUUCAAGUACCAUACAGUUCACUCGAACAGACUUCUUUGACAUCAAAUAACUGAAGAGACAAUAGCAUAAGAAAUAAGCGAUUAAAGGCCUUCGCCUCACGACACAGCAAGUACUUUGAAUUUUAGCACAUUGCAAAGUAGUUUAAAGUAUGUCUAAUUUAAACGUAUAAUAUGUACAUCACUGAGACAAUCAUGUACAGAAAGAAUUUUUGGUGUAAAUUUGUAAUAAUGGAUGAUUCUUUUACAUAUUGUUUAGGAAAAUGAUAUUGAGAGGUUGCAAUGCCUUGAUAGUGAAGUAUGAGGCAUUAUGUGCACAGUCAUGUGCCAUGCCUUAGCAAAGUACUGGCUAUAAAUAUGUAGAUAAUGGAUUUUUUUUUUUUUUAGAUAACGUUGUCAAGACCAAAAGCAUGGAUGUCAAGUGUCAAGAGGAUUCUGUUUUCCCAAUUUUCUUUUCCCAUCAGUUCUUUGUUUUAGGCUGUUAGGAGGGCCUCAGUAAAAGAACACAGCAGUGUCUUAGGUAAUUUGAAACAAAAAGUCCUCUUACAACCUCACUUUUUCAUCUUCAACACUAAUGUAUUAUAUGUAACUAUUUGGGAAAAAAAAUGAUUAUUCAAAUGCUUCUUCCCACAGAAAGAAUGUAGAUGAUAGAUCUAUUUUAUUAAUAAAAUGGUUCAUGAAUUGGAGACUAGCAAAGCAAAGUUUUCAUGUGCUCAGAUUAUAGCGUCUGCAUUUUCUUGUUUAGAUAAAAGAGGACAUUACCACAUCUCUGGAAAUCACAACUUGGCAUUACUUCCUACUUUCAGGUUCCCUCCACACUCUCCCCCAACCCUCCCAGGAAAGUUCACUUCCAGCAGUGGAUGUGGCCUGGUCAUCAUCACCAAGGAAAUAAUGUUACUCUUCACCUCCAUUCUGUAUUACAUGACAAACAUAAAUCUCGGAAAUAAAAACUGUCACUUUUGUUAGAUCAUAAGAAAGUUUGUCCAAAAUUGAUCAGUUUGGGCAUUAGUUUCUGUCAUCUAAAGCCUUCCAUUGUCGUGAAAUUACUGUUUGAAUUAAUUUUCUUUAACAUAGUGGGAAAAAAGAAACACCACCUUUGACCCAAAGUAGCUGAAGAGCUACUCUCUCCUUUUCUGAAGUUUCAUGUUGCUGCUAGAAUUAGUUGUGAAUUCUCUAAAUUGUUUAAAUUAACCCAACUGAAUUCGUUUUUUUUUUGCUUGAAGCGAACAGAAGUUGACAAUUUUUUAGCCUUUUCAUUUUUCGUUUUUGUACUCUGCAGAUUGACAAGACAAAGUUUAUCUUGGCCUUACUGUAUAAAGGUGUGUUGUGUCCACAAUUGUGUACAGAAUUUUUCUUCAUUAAUUUUGUGUUUAAAUUAAUAAAAUUGAUUUGUGAAGUACUGUAA